AUGAAGCUCACCGUUCUGGCUCUCGCCUCCACUGUCGCCGCUGCUGGCUUCACUCCCGGUCUCGGAGAGACCCAGACUCAGGCUUUCACUGGAAACACCAAGACUCUGUACACCAACACUCCCGUGAUCCCCUCCCAGACCCCUGAUCUGGCUGAGAUCAAGGCUGCCGCUGCCACUGCCACUUCCAACUCUUUCAAGUCCAAGAAGACAGUUAAGGGUAAGGCUUUCGACAGAUACCAUCAGAUCUGGCUGGAGAACACUGACUACCAGAAGGCCUUUGACCAGGCCGGCCUCAAGGCUCUGACCAAGCAGGGUAUCCUUCUCACUAACUAUUUUGCUCUGACCCACCCCUCCGAGCCAAACUAUGUUGCUGCUGUCGGUGGAGACUACUUUGGUAUCUUCGAUGACAUUUACCGAACUCUUCCCGAGGAGAUCUUCACAGUUGCCGACCUGCUCGACUCCAAGUCCAUCUCGUGGGGUGAGUACCAGGAGCAUCAGCCCUACACCGGCUUCCAGGGCUUCAACUACUCUCGACAGACCGACUACGCCAACGACUACGUCCGAAAGCACAACCCCCUGGUCAUGUACGACUCGGUUACUAAGAAGCCGGAGCGACUUGGUAACCUCAAGAACUUCACCGAGUUCCACAAAGAUGUGGCUGACAAGGACCUCCCCCAGUGGGCCUUCAUCACCCCCAACAUGACAAACGACGGUCACGAUACCGACAUUGAGGUCUCUGGAACCUGGUCUUACAACUUCCUGUCCCCCCUCCUCAACAACACUGACUUCAUGAAAGACAACCUCAUCAUCCUGACCUUUGAUGAGACAGAGACAUACACCGAGCAGAACCGAGUUUUUGCUCUUCUGCUUGGAGGUGCCAUCCCCGAGAACCUCAAGGGUACCACUGAUGACACCGUCUAUAACCAUUACUCUAACAUUGCUACUGUUCAAGCUAACUGGGGGCUUCCCCAUCUUGGACGAGGAGACGUCACUGCUAACGUCUUCAAAUUCGUUGCCGACAAGAUUGGUUCUUCUGUCACCAACCACAACAUCACCGAGCACGGUCUGUACAACAACUUUUCCUACCCCGGCUACUUCUCCGACAAGUCUCUUGGCUUCCCUACUCCUCUCAUUAACGCUACUGGUACUUCCGGCAACAAGAUUCUGCCAGCCAUUGCUGAUCUGGUCAAGUCUGGCAACUCCUCUGUCGCCAGCAACUCAACUGCAGGCCACAAUGGCACUGCUACUGGCGCUAAGGCCUCCGGAUCUGCCGGUGUAGCUGCUGCCAAGGGCUCUGUUUCCCACAACAAGAACGGUGCUGAAGCUGCCGUUGUUUCCCUUGGUGCCGCCCUGGUUGGUGUUGCCGCCCUUCUUCUUUAA